GUGCUAAUUAAAUUGGUCUUCGUUGAGUGUCUGGAUCGUCACAUACCACGGAUGAUUUCUGCACCAGGAAGAAGUGACAACGGUCAUGUGAUGUAGAGUUUAAGUACCGCCCAGAAGAGUCACAUGGGUGGGGAUCGUUGAACAGCUGUAGGGCGACAGAUAACAACAUUAACAUGAAUUACAAACUGGGGGGUUCGAGCACCGAAUACCGAUUGGCUGACAGCCGUGGUAUACCACAGAGGCUUCAAUGACUGAUCCAGCCAUCUGCUACAUACUGGAUGGAAUCCUGCUCUUCUACUGCCUCAUCACCACCUUGCUCUUCUUCAGAGCCAAGUGGUGCAAGUCUUCACCUGAACCCAAAGAGGACCCCACCCAUGCAGAACUCAAGCCAGGUGCUAAUGCUGACGACCAACAGUCUGCAGCUACUAGACGGAAGCGCAAACAGGAAACUAGUAGCGACACAUACCAGGCCCUCCAGAUAAAAGAUGAUGGGAAUGAUGACUACCAGGUGAUCAUGUCCAAGGGGAGGAAGAACAAGAAGGCCCAAGUCCCCCAGCCUCUCAGUGCAAAGACCCAGACCCGGGCCACUGCCCCACCACUACCUCCACACUGAUCUGACCCAGUCACCUCUGGGCACGGUGGCAGCAGCCGACUCCACUUGCAGCCCUGCCCUGCACUGAUUCAAUCUCUUAAGAGUACCUUUAGAUUAUUUUCCAACCUCUAUGUGCAUAGCAGUCUUCUACCCCUGAGCUCAACUCCCUGGCCUGUUAUUGCAUAUUACAACUCAGCAGAAAAGUGUGCAUGUGUCUUGUCAAUGUGUAUUAUCAUGUCAUUUGUUAAGUCCAUCUAUGGCUGUAUGUGGUAAUGUCAACAUUAUGACCGUAAUAAAAGACUGGAACGUUCCAAUGUUAAAACA